CACACUUCUCAAAAAAAUCCCUCCCGCUCCCACCACCGCCGGUUCGCCGCCCUCUCCUCCUCCGCCUCCGCAUCACAUUCCAUUUCCACUCCCGCGGCCCGCGGCGCUGCCAUCAUGGCCGCCGCCUCCCUCCUCGAGGCCACUCGCCUCCUCUCCACCCCGCGCCCGCUCCCUCUCCCGCCCCGCCGCGGCCUCCAGCCCCACCACCACCACAGGACCCCGCCGCGCGUCUCCGCUCUUCGCGCCCACCUCCACCGCCCCGCUGCUCCUCUCGACGCGCAGCAGCAGGAGCAGCUGGCGGCGAGGAGGCCAGGAGCGCUGCUGGUCCUCGACGCGCUCAGGAGGUCCGUGCUCGACGCCCUCGUGGCGCUCAAGCGGCCCGCGCUCGCGCUCCUGCUGGCCGGCGCGCUGCUCGCCGCGUCGGCGGGCGGGCCGCACGCCGCGGCGCUGGCCGCCUCGGGCGGCCGCGUCGGCGGGUCCUCCUUCUCCUCCUCGCGCUCCUCCUCCUCGCAUUCGUCCUACGGGUACAGCGCGCCGGCGCCCAGGGGCGGCGGGUACAGGGCCGCGCCCUUCUACUCGCCUUCGCCCUUCGUGUCCGUCGGCCCGGCCAUCGGCAUCGGCUUCGGGGGAUCGGGGUUCCUCUUCACCCUCAUUGGCUUCGCGGCUUUCCUCUACCUCGCCGGGUUCUUGUCCGACUCAUCCGGUGGUGCCAGUGUGCUCACAGAGACGGAGAAGACCACCGUCCUCAAGCUACAGGUUGGCUUGCUGGGCAUGGCACGGUCAUUUCAGAAGGAGCUUGAUCAAAUAGCUGAGAAAGCAGAUACAUCUACCCCGGCUGGCUUGAGCUAUGUGUUGACAGAGACAACAUUGGCAUUACUUCGGCAUCCGGAUUGUUGUAUCUCAGCUUACUCAUCGGUGGAUGUGAAACGAAGCAUGGAUGAUGGUGAGAAACGUUUCAAUCAGCUUUCAAUUGAGGAGAGGGGCAAGUUUGAUGAAGAGACACUUGUGAACGUGAACAGCAUCAAGAGGAAUAAAGGAGGCAGCCAAAGAUCAAGUGGUUUUAGCAACGAGUACAUUGUGAUAACCAUAUUGGUUGCUGCUGAGGGAGUACAUAAGCUGCCAGUUAUAAAUAGCAGCAAUGACUUAAAGACAGCUCUGCAAAAGAUGGCUGCCAUACCAUCAAGAAAAAUACUGGCAGUCGAGGUCCUAUGGACUCCACAAAAUGAGAAUGACACGUUGUCAGAGCGAGAACUCCUUGAAGAUUACCCACUCUUAAGGCCUCUGUAGAAAGAUAAAGUUACAGAUUGCCCCUGCAAAGAAAGAACAGGCUGUAGAUUCAGUUUUGGCGGUUUUAUUAUUAACUAUAGCGCAGAUCUUGCGUUUGUAUAAGAAGUAUAUAACUUGUAAUUGACGUCACUGUUAGCCUUCAUUUCAGAACAUGUAGCGCACUGCAGUGCAAAUCUGCAAUUGUAUGUGGAUAGUCUUGUUCACUGUUCUGGACACAAUAACACAAAUUUGUAAAUAGAUUGUUCUGAAAGAACACUAGAGUCUGCACUUUUGUGUGUACCCGUUCUGAUAUGGAUAUUUCUUUUUACAAAAAGUAAAAGAAUUGAUGAAAUAUUGCA